AUGGUGCAGGCCUGGUACACGCACAAGUCGGGCAAUGACCCGCAGUGGCCCCACCGCGGGGAGCCCGGGCGCCUGGUCGCCCUGGAGCAGCUGCGCGGGCUCGGGGUCCUUUACUGUAAGCUGGAUGCUGACAAAUAUGAGAAUGAUCCAGAAUUAGAAAAGGUCCGAAAAGAGAAAAAACACUCCUGGAUGGACAUAAUAACCAUAUGCAAAGACGUACUACCAAAUUACAAAGAAAAGAUUAAGAUGUUUUAUGAGGAGUAUUUACACCUGGACGACGACGAGAUUCGCUACAUCCUGGACGGCAGUGGGUACUUCGAUGUGAGGGAUAAAGAGGACAGUUACAAUCAAGACUUCAAAUUUUAA